AUGGCCGACGCAGACUUCACACGUGCAGAGUUCAUCGUCGCCACUAGCCAGCUCAAGCCAGCGCAUGACGCCGCGCGAGCCAAAGACUCGGCGGCCAUCAGAGCUGCUCAAGACAAGAAGACUUCGAACGAUGGUCUCAGGAGGCAAGAAAUCGAGGUUCGCGCCAGGGAAAUUCACAACAUUGGAGAGUUGCCGAAGUGGACGCCCUAUUGGAAGGUCAAAAUCGCAAUCCUCGCGGUGGURGUCGCAACUAGCUUGGUGUUUUACUUAUUCCCCGACUACACCUACUUGCAAAUCAUUGCCUUUUUGCGUCGCAUCCUCCCCAACUACGACUAUAAGCGAAUCACACCGAAGUUCCAGGACUAA